CCGACGUAAAUAACUGUAAACCUGGUUUGAUCCUUAUUGCAUGUUGCUUUGAAUUCUGGUUCAGCCAUGGCAUUCUUUGGGGGAUUACACAAGCAACGUACCUUCAAGCCUCGGAAAGAUGUCCCUGAAGGCACGAAACAGUACCAGCUCAGGAAGUACGCAGAAGCUACGCUGGGAUCGGGGAACCUUCGUCAAGCUGUUGUGCUACCCGAAGGAGAGGAUCUCAACGAAUGGCUCGCUGUGCACACUGUAGACUUCUUUAAUCACCUAAACAUGCUCUAUGGAACCGUAACUGAGUUCUGCACACCCAAAGAAUGUCCGGUCAUGUCUGCUGGGCCAAGAUACGAGUACCUUUGGGAGGACGGAGUGACAUACAAGCGACCAACUAAAUUAUCAGCACCAGACUACGUUGAUGCGCUAAUGAAUUGGGUACAAACCUUACUUGACGAUGAGAACGCAUUUCCACACAAAAUCGGUGUGCAAUUCCCAAAGAAUUUCCGCGAUACAGUGAAGACGAUCGUUCGUCGGUUAUUCCGUGUGUAUGCACAUUUGUAUAGUGGUCACUUUGAGCAAAUCUGCGCAUUAGGGAUCGAAGCCCAUCUCAACACGUCUUACCGUCAUUUUUUCCUGUUCAUCAACGAGUUUAACUUGGUCGAUGCUAAGGAGUUGGCGCCACUAGACGAACUGAACGAUGCCAUUCUCGCAGAGGACAAUAAAACACGGCGAUAACGGUUUGCCUUACGCACAUGCAUGAUCCUUUUCCCCGGCUAGGCCUAGUAAUACUUCACCUCAACUCCGCAUUCUGUAACAUCAUUUAUACUGCAUAAUCAUGUCGCGUCUGAUCGACGAACUUGAUGUGCAGAAAGGCAUGGAAUGUUGAACGUAGUAGUACGAUUGUAACUGCACGGCAUCUGUCCUUGGGUGAUUGCAGCAUCCUCCCAUCGACUGCCGCAAUUCACAACGGCAACCCUAAGUAUGCGAUCCAAGCCCUUGCUUACACGCCCCCUCUGUGUUGCAGUUGGGCGCAAAGCAGUCAGCGGCUAGCCGCACGGCCCGCC